AUUUAUUUCUCUUCUGCAGGUAGCCUGUGUGAUAAAUGCUGGGUAAAAUGGACUGAAGUUCUUGAAGCAACAGAAAUUUUACCACAGCCAUGAGUUGCAAGGAGCCUUCAUUUUCUGUUUCUUUGAUUGCAGGUGGCAUUGCGGGUAUUGCUGUAGAUGUUGCCCUUUUUCCUCUUGACACCAUCAAGACUCGUUUUCAAAGUGAAAAAGGUUUCAGGGCUUCAGGAGGAUUUCGAGGGAUAUACAGUGGAUUAGGACCAGCUGCAAUUGCUUCUGCCCCAAAUGCUGCUGCAUUUUGCACUUACGAAGGUUUCAGAAAGAUAAUUAGGCCUCAAGCAGUCAGCAGAUCCUUACCAGCCAGUUGUGUACAUAUGGUUGCAGCAUCUGCAGGAGAAGUGGUGGCUUGUGUAGUAAGAGUACCCAUGGAGAUUGUGAAACAGAGACGUCAGGCUCUUCUGUAUCAAUCAUCUCUUCAAGUAAUUAAAGACACACUUAGACAUGAGGGAAUCAGAGGAUUAUACAGAGGGUAUUUCAGUACAGUGGCAAGAGAGAUUCCAUUUUCUUUUAUACAAUUUCCUCUAUGGGAACUACUUAAGAAAUGGUGGUCUCAAUAUCAAGGAAAAUAUGUGGACUCAUGGCAAGCAUCACUGUGUGGAGCAAUAGCUGGUGGACUGUCAGCAGCAGUAACAACUCCAUUAGAUGUUGCAAAAACAAGAAUAAUGUUGGCUGAACGAGAAAGUGUUGUUGCUAGAGGGAGCAUUAGAAAUGCAAUUCAAACAGUAUAUGCUCAAAAGGGUUUCUCAGGGUUAUUUGCAGGAGUGAUCCCAAGAACCAUGUGGAUAUCAGUUGGAGGAGCAGUGUUUUUUGGAGUAUAUGAAAAAGCAAAAUAUGUUGUAAGUAUGACUUCUGAGAAGUUAUGAUGUACCCAGUGUUAAGUCCAUGUUCUGUUAUCCUUUUAAAGAGCAGUAUAUAUGCAUAUUAAUUUGUAAUAUUUCCAUAGAAGUUAUUGUACUUAUGCUUUGUAAAUAUAUUUCAAGAUAAUGUUCAUAGAUAUAUUUGUUCCGAUGCGAGAUACUUACCUCAAACCAUUACAGUGGAAAUUCCCGGAUGUCGAUCCGGGUCCAACCAGAAAAAACUGGUUAUACGCCGCACCCAGGCCAGGCCUAUGCCCUUAGGGGUCGAAGACCACGUUAUCCUACUGACCUAUCACCAGUCCUUCUCUGGUCGCAGGAGCGUGCAUACACCCCUGCUCGUCCGGUGUCCGGCCCAUUUCCUUUGUCCUUGUGUGUGCUUUGUGUACGUGUGUCAUGUAUAUGUGUGAUGUCGGCUUCGGAGCAUCAAUGUCGUUGCCCUGGUCCUGAAGGACGUGCUUGUGGAGCUUUUCUCUCGCCCCUUCUAAUUAAUCCUCUCACUGUGUAAUUCGUGUUGGGGGGCCACUUGCUUGAAAGCCAACACGUGCAUGGAGUGCACUUCUUGGCCCUCGUACCAGUGGGAUUUAGCUUCCAUUAAGAAGAAAAAGAAACCUAAAGCUUCAUCGGCGAAGCUUUUGAGGGAGUCGAGGAGUGGGAGAAGAGACGGGGCGCCCCUUCACCUUCAGUAUCAUCGGAGAGGAAGUCUCCCGCUUUUCUACAGGUUCUUUCUCCUGACCCCUCCCAGCGAGGGGCCCUAGGGGACGGAGCCUAGGGCCGAUGCCUCCUUAGGGGGUUCAGAGCCCCUCCACUGCUCAGGAUUGAGCCCCCUCCUCAGGGCGGUCCGGGCGUUCGGGGCAUCCCCCCUUGCAGGAGACCGGUUUACAACCGGGUUUAAGUGUCCCUCUCCGGGGAGCUUCUCCAGCUUCCCCCCGUCCAAGGUCUGGGGUCUCGCCUCCGUCGAGGGACGCUGAGGAAGAGACCCUCAUCCAAGAACUCCAGAAUGCCCUGGAGGAACUAGGUCCAGUGGAUGAGAGUUCAACUUUUAGGAGGGUCCUCUCUCUGAUUAGGUCCAUGAACCGGCUAGAGGAGCCAUCCCCGACGAUAGAGGACAACAGAUCCAUGGCUGUGGACAUUCUGUUCAGGGACCCAGAGGAACCUAAGCCCUCUCUCAGCCUCCCUAGGUCCAACAAUACGAAGAAGGCCCUGACGGUGAUGGAGAAACUCAUAGCAGGGUCGAGUAACUCCCUGUGUUUGCACUCCUCGGCUAGGCUACUCCCAGCAUCUAAGCUGAAUCAGAUAAGGCUAUAUGCCCCGGAAGGUGCCCCUCUUCUCCCCAAAUCCGUGGAGGGUAACUUGGCGACCCUGGCGCCCGGACUCUCAGAAGAGAGGCUUGCAUCAGGGCUAGUCUCCUUCUCUCACCAGGAGGCUAUGGCUAUGGAAAUCACAGCUUGGACCUCUAUUCACAUGGCUUCAUGGUUAGAUCUGUGGUCCGGGGCAGUAGCCAGGUUCCCAACCCUCCACGAGUUGAGGGACGAGGCCUCUCUUGCCCAAUUCAAGGAACUGAUUUUGUCAGGGGGUUAAGUCCCUGGGCUUCCUCACGACCAGGCCUUCCCAGGCACCCUUCAGGUCCAGACACCCCUCUACUUCCAGAAGGGGUCGUAACAACCGCUUCCCUUGGAGGAAGUAGGAGUCGAGGCCCCCUACCGUGUCUUUCGCCAAAGUUGGGGGGUUGCCUCCCGAGCUGUUGGCAGAACUGGGAGGAUCUCAGAGCCGAGCCCUGGACAGUCCAGGUCUUCAGGGACGGUUGCCGAAUCCCCUUUCUAGACCAGAAGCCUCCCCUGACUGGGAAGCUGGCCAAUCUGGCUUCUCAGCCCCGGAACCCUGGUCUCAGGGAGGCCCUAAGGCUAGAAGUUCAAGCACUGCUGGAGAAGGGAGCCCUCCAGCAGAUGGUAGAUCACUCCCCCGGGUUCUUCAGUCGCCUUUUCCUGAUGGAGAAGUUGUCGGGGGGUGGCAACCGGUCAUAGAACUUUCGGUCCUGAACUCGUACAUCCUAAAGACGCCCUUCAACAUGGAAACGCCACGCUCGGUGCUGGCUUCCGUGAGAGAAGGGGAUUUCAUGAUGUCCCUGGAUCUCAAGGACACCUACUUCCAGAUCUCGGUACACCCGUCCUCCAGGAAGUACCUGCGCAUAAGGUGGGAGGACCAGAGCUUGCAGUUCAAGUCGCUCUGCUUCGGGCUGGCAACAGCUCCGCAAGUGUUCACGAGGGUGUUCUCCCUGGUGUCGUCUCGGGCCCACAAGAGGGGCAUACGCCUUCUCACGUACCUAGACGACUGGCUACUCCUUUCCUCCUCAAAGGAGCACUUGGUAGAGCAGAGGGACGCCCUCCUGGCCUUUUGCAAAACCCUGGGAGUCGUUGUGAACUGGGAGAGGUCCCAUCUGGUCCCCUUCCACCAGGAUGGUGAACCUGGGGAUGGAAUUGGAUACGGAGGUGGGGCGAGCUUUCCCAUCGGAGGACAGACUGGCAAACCUCCAAAGAAUCGGCUGUAACUUCCUGAGCCACUCCCCGAAACCGGCAAAGGAGUGGCAAAGACUAUUAUGCCUCCUGGUCUCCUUGGAAAAACUAGUCCCCCAGGGAAGGCUGAGAUAAAGGCCCCUACAAUGGGACCUGAAAGUAGGGUGGUCCCAGGAGGAGGAAACACCUCAAAAGCCGGUUCCCAUCUCACUGGCAGCAAGGAAGGCCCUCGGUUGGUGGUGGCUGGAUCCUGCAAACUCUCGUCGGGGUGUGCCCCUCAGGUCAGUGCCCCCAGAGAUGCUCCUGUUUACGGACGCGUCGAAGGUAGGCUGUGGGGCCCACCUGAAGUCCCUCUCGGUGGGAGGGAUAUGGUCGCAAGAGGAGAGCACCUUCCACGUAAACAAGCUGGAGCUCUUGGCAGUGAAGCGUGCCCUGGAAGCUUUCAAGGAGGCAGUGGGAGGACACUCGGUGUGUCUGAUGUGCGACAAUGCCACGGUGGUCGCCUACGUCAAGAAGCAGGGGGGCCUGAGAUCACGGGAUCUCUGCGGAUUGACGGAGGAGAUCUUGAGCCGAGCUGAAGCCCUCGGGACCUCCUUGACGGAUAGGUUCAUUCCCGGCAAGAAGAACGUAAUCGCCGACAGCCUUAGCAGACGGGGUCAGGUGGUAGAGAGCUAAUAGGUAAGUGGGGGUCCCCAUCCCUGGACCUGUUUGCAACAAGGCUAAAUGCCAAACUGCCGGUGUACUGUUCCCCGGUGCCAGACCCAGCCGCGUUUUGGGAGGAUGCGUUCCAGCACCCGUGGGACGGCCUGGACAUGUACGCGUUCCCUCCCUUCAGAGUCCUCAGGCAGGUCAUCAACCAUCUGAGGAAGGUGAAAGGGGCGGCCCUGACGUUGGUGGCCCCUUGGUGGCCGGACAGGGAGUGGUUCCCGGACCUUCUAGAGUUGGCCUCUCUACCGCAUUGGGAGCUGCCCCCUCAGGAACAGACCUGUUAAGGCAGCCCCACUUCGAGAGGUUCCACGGGAGCAUUCCAGCCCUCUCCCUUCACGGCUGGAGACUAUCGAGCGGCUGUUAAAUAGGAGAGGGUUCUUGGUGAGGGUGGCCUCUCACAUGUCCGGUUAAUUGAGGGAGUCCUCCUCUAACAUCUACCAAGCAGUGGAGGGUUUUCGGGGCCUGGUGUAGGAAGAGGGCCCUGGAACCCCUCCGAGCAAAGAUCCCAGACAUCCCAGAGUUCUUGACCUACCUGAGGUUGGACAGGGGCCUGCCAAUUCUGGCGGUCAAAGGACCCAGGGCCGCAUUAAGCCAGGACUUCUCCCUGAAAGGGUUGGAUCUGGGGAACUCAAAACCGCUGUCCUUGCUCACAAGGAGCUUUAAGCAGAAGUGUCCCCCCAGCGCCGGCUUGGUUCCCCGCUGGGAUGUAGCGAUAGUCUUGGACUCCCUGAGGAAGCCCCCCUUUCGAGCCACUCAAGGACAUCCUGGAUAGGGAGGGAGCUGACCCUCAAGACGGUGUUUUUGCCAGCCCUGGCCUCCACGAAGAGGGUGGGAGAGCUCCACGGCCUGUUGUACCUAGUGGCCAACACGAGGGGGUGGAAAGAACUCUCAUUCAGGUUCGUCCCCUCCUUCGUUGCUAAGAAUCAGAACCUCUCGGUGUCGGAUCUCAGGUUCGUGGAGUUUACCAUCCUUGCCCUCCCGAAAUCAGACCGGCCUAAGGAUCUCCUCCUUUGUCCGGUGAGGGCAGUACGGAAGUACAUGGAAAUGACAGCUCGGUUCAGGCCGGAGGUAAAGAACCUCUUCGUCACCACGGGAAGAGUGAAGAAGGCACCCUCGAAAAACACCAUCUCCUGGCUGAAAGAAACCAUCAGGAGGGCCUACGAGAAGGGGGGCCUUUCCCCUCCAAAGGGAGCCAGACCCCUUGACAUUAGGAGAAUUGGGGCUUCCGUUUCGUUCUCAAAGAACAUGGCAGUGGACCAGGUCCUGAGGGCAGGAGUCUGGAAUAGGCAGUCGACGUUCACAGCCCACUAUCUUAAAGACUGCACGAGGAGGUCGCUCGAUGCCUUUGAGAUUGGCCCCGUGGUGGUAGGCCAGCAACAGGUCUAGGUCCCCUCUUCACCCUUCUUGGGGUGGAUGGUCAUGUGUGUAUGGAGUGUGUGUGUGUGUGCAACUUUUCCCCCUGAUCCUUGUCCUUGUUCCCCCUGGGCCUUCGGAGGAAGUGAGGAGUCCAGGAUACUCAGGUAGGAUACGCGGGAGUGCGUAUGGUUCUAAGUACAACCCACAGUUUUACAUGUCAAGGUUUGGUUAUACCCACACCAGGCUUGCUUUAGGACCUCCCCGGACCAACCCCCAGUAUAACAGAGCAGGGUUGAGUUCCAAGGGGAGCAGUCGCCCCCUCCUCUGACCUAGCAACUUUGGGGCUGUUUCCUCCCCUAACCUUCGCCCUCCUCCUAAGGAGUAAGUCUCCACUGUAAUGGUUCGAGGUAAGUAUCUCGCAUCGGAACAAAUCACAAAUUCUUGGUAAUUUGUAUUUUUCCUAGCGAUACUUACCUCGAACCAUGGAAGAAUGUUUCCCUUCCUUCCAUCCCCGCUGAAGCUUAGGGUAGGCACCUCGGAGUCGAGUAAGAAGGACUGGCGAUAGGUCAGUAGGAUAACGUGGUCUUCGACCCCUAAGGGUGCGGCGUAUAACCAGUUUUUUCUGGUCGGACCCGGAUCGACAUCCGGGAAUCUCCACUGUAAUGGUUUGAGGUAAGUAUCGCUAGGAAAAAUACAAAUUACCAAGAAUUUGUGAUAUUUGUCUCAGUCUGAAGUAGCCUUCAUUAACCUAGGAUGCAGUUACAUUCUUAAAACUUGAAAGGCUAAUCAGAUUGCAAACCUCCAAGGCCUCUGAAAAUUUAAUGACCAAUGUUUUAACCUUCAAUGACCACUAUUUUAAACACUCAACGUACUGCUGUCUUGCACGGAUUUAGGUGCAUUGAUGACAUCUGCAUCUGUGAUAAUGACAACAAUGAUAACAACCCUUAGAACACUGUUACCUUCAUUACUUGUGCGGGCCAUGAUUUUGAAAAAAAAAAUAAAUCUUGAAUGGAUGAAUGGAUUUGGAUGAAAUAAUGGGGAAAUGUUAAUUUGGUGGUUAUUUCCAGUAGAUAAACUUUGGUAAACACCAUUUUCAUGAAAAUCAGCUGAUUAAAUUUCAUGAAAUUCUAACAAAUAAACAGUGAAACAAAACCAUUAUUUCCUUGGUAGAUGUAACAAGAAUAUACAUCUCUAUAUCAUAAGGUGUCUAAUAAAAUAUAGAAUAAA